GAACGAUAAUGGAGUUGCUGCUAGUGAGAAUGGAGAGCAGAUAAUAAUAAAUACAUAGGUUUGGAGUGGCAAAGAUAGACACGACACGACACUAUUACGUUUAAUUUAAUUAAUCUUUUAAUAUAAAGACUGACAUUUUUGACCCAAAAAAUACUCCUAACAAAACUGGCACAAUUUGAAGCGAACUCUUAGUGCAAAAUAUGGCUAUUGGAACAAUGCUCUCUGCAUUCAGAAAAAUUUCUAUCACUUCACGUAUAACCCCUUUUCGAUCUCUUAGUACAUUGGUUUUAGCUGAACAUGAAGGAGGGUUAAUCAAAACCUCAUCAUUAAGUGCUGUGGAGGCUGCAAAAUCAUUAGGCGAGGACAAUUCGAUAUCGUUGCUUCUUGCUGGAUCUGGUCAUUCCCUGAAGGAAGCUGCGGAACAUGCUGCAUCAUCCCACCCUUCUGUUUCUCAGGUCCUUAUUGCCGAUUCUGACAAAUUUACAUACCCUUUGGCUGAACCAUGGGCCAAAUUAGUCCAUCUUGUUCAGCAGAGUGGUGGCUAUUCUCACAUAAUUGCUGCAUCAGGUUCAUUUGGGAAAAACAUAUUGCCACGUGCAGCAGCUCUUCUGGACAUUUCUCCAAUUACUGAUAUCACAAAGAUUUCUGGAUCAAACCUCUUUAUUAGGCCAAUAUAUGCAGGAAAUGCUCUUUCCACUGUUCGUUACACAGGUUCCAGCCCAUGUAUGUUGAGCAUUAGAGCUACAUCUUUUCCUGUUGCUUCAGAACCAGCUGAUUUGAAAUCUAAUGCUGCCUCAAUAGAUCAGGUUGAUCUUUCAACCUUGGAUGAAGAUGAUGCAGUUGGUAAGUCAACAUAUGUAAAGCUUUCCUCCCAAAUUUCAGAGCGCCCAGAUCUUGGAAAUGCACGUAUUGUAGUUACUGGUGGACGAGGUGUAAAGAGUGCUGAGAACUUCAAAAUGAUAGAUAAGCUUGCAGAGAAAAUCGGUGCUGCAGUUGGUGCCACUCGUGCUGCAGUGGAUGCUGGAUUUGUUCCCAAUGACCUCCAGGUUGGCCAAACUGGGAAAAUUGUUGCCCCAGAAUUAUAUAUGGCAUUUGGUGUUUCUGGAGCAAUUCAACACAUAGCAGGCAUGAGAGAUUCCAAGGUCAUUGUUGCUGUAAAUAAAGAUGCAGAUGCCCCCAUAUUCCAGGACUUUGCGGAAUUAGGAAGCACACAGGUGGGUAUACCAAGAGAAAUGCGGGUAAGCGACGAGGGAGGCAGUUUAAAAAAUUCACUUAAUAUGGAUAAAUAAUUUAUUCAGAACCCAAUAAGCUUUAUUUAUCUAGAAUUACUCAAGUCAAAAUUCUAACUUUGCCUCCGGAAACAACCUUAUACCAAGUUUUGUUGAAAGGCACGGAAUCAUGUGCCACAUACAAAAAGAGGAAGAUACAACAAAAACAACAUACCCAGUAUGAUCUCACAAGUGGGGUCUGGGGAGGGUAGAGUGUACGCAGACCUUACCCCUACCUUGGAAGGUAGAGAAACUGUUUCCGAUAGACCCUCAACAUACAAAAAGAGGAAGAUAACUUAUUUAUGUAUGUUAUUUCUUCAAUCUCAAAAAAAAUUAUUUAUGUUAUUUUGGGAACUCUAUGGUGAUGUUUAAAGUGUGGAAAAUGUACUUCAGAAAUAAUUAAUUGGUCAUGGCUUGUAAAACAAUUUGUAAUACCACAACAACGAUACAUGUCACAAGAAUACCAUGACCGCCUAAUAGCUUAGUGCUUUAGACAAUUUGUUUUACAUUGGCACUGAAUUUUCCCCGUCUAGAAGUU